GUGCGUGUGAGAGACAGCAGAGUCCCGCGUGACUGCCUGCUGCUGCUUAUAAACCGAGGUGAGCUCGCCCCAGCCGUGAGGAUCAUCACAUACAUAUUUAAUACAAGGACAUGUAUUAUGCAAUAUACCAAGAAUAAGGUUUGAAUCACUUUACUAGUUUAGACAAAAUUAUUAUUUGUACACAGCACAGUAAUCUGAUCUCAGCACAACAGCAAACUAACACGGGGCGUUAAAAUUAGACAACUAGUGCAAACACAAAACGAAACACGACAGCAUUUCAAAAAGGGUUUACAAGUUUAAAACGUGUUUCUAAUCUAUACAUAAAACACAUAUUCAAUCAAUGGAGACGAGCGCAGGCUGCCGGUUAAACGGCUCCGGCUCCGGGAUGAUCACCCUGGAAGAUUUGGAAUCCUUCAGCGAUGACCAGGACUUGGACUCGGCUUGCCACAGCCACGGCAGCGGCAGCCUGGAACUUAAAGAGGACACAGAGCCCAUGGAGGACGAGCAGGGCAGGCUGCUCCACUACUGGCAGGAUAUCGGCAGGGUGCACCAGGUGGAUGUGCCCACAGAUAUGGCUGUGCCGAUCCAACAGCUGACUACCAACAACCAUAGCAGCGCAGCCCGGGAGAAGGUUCCCUUUACACUGAUUACCCGGAAAGAAAAGUGUGGAGAAAUACUGUAUGAGAAACGGCACUAUGAGAAAGCCAAGUGGGCUUGCAUCCCAGUGCAGGAAGAGAAGUACGAGCAGAGCACAUGCCUAGGGUUCAUGAAGCUCAUGAGAUACAUCUGUGAGCAAAACUCAUCAGGUUCCUAUCUGGGGAUGACGAUCCCCAUCGUGACAGUGGUCCGCACGGAGCAGUCCCGGUCGCUGCUCUCACGGGAGGUGAUCGUCGCGUACCACCUGCCAGCGCAGCACCAGGAUCACCCGCCGCAGCCCAACGACACAGACAUCGUCAUCCAAGAGUGGCCUGCCAGCAUCAUUUACACAAGAUCCUUCAGCAGCGUGACUAACGAAGGCUCCAUUCUGAACGAGAUCAACCUGCUAGUGGAGGCGCUGGACAUGCCACAGAUCCACAUGGAGGAUUCCUUCAUCGUGGCCGGAUACACCAAUCCAGCCGCCCCCAUCCGAAGCAAUGAAAUCUGGGUCCUGCACAGGCCAUGACAGGGACAGCACCUUCAAGAGGCACGCCAUCCACACACACACGAAGUAGAUAACUUAUUUACAUGUCUUAAUGUGCGGCGUGUUUCGAAAAACCAUAAAAACCAAAUCUGAGAAUCACUGAACCCAGCUGGCUGUACGACAAUCAAGCAUGUUGUUUGACACCCUCCCCUGGCAUUCCUCAAAGCCAUGUUCACAAGCAGACUGCACGCACGCACCUCUCUCAGAUUCCUAGCAGGCAUUACUUCUGUCUCAGUGUUAGCGAGUGCACCGCUGCUUUAAUGACUACUACUAAAAGAAUCAGAAGGAGGGUAAGGUGGGCACUGCAGCAGUGUGUUACUGUGGGUCAGAGUAUUACGAAUGUUAUCCACACUGAUACCGCCACUAUUGUUGUUAAAUAUUCAGACCUUCUGUAACUCUGCUGUUGAAGUGUGCGACGUGUGCGUGUACGUGUGGGUGCGUGCGUGUGCGUGUGCACGCGUGUAUGUGCACAUAUGUAUGUGUGGGUGCGUGCGUAUGUAUGUGUGGGUGCGUGUGUGUGCGUGUGUGUGCGUGUAUGUGUGUGCAUGCGUGUAUGUGCACAUAUGUAUGUGUGGGUGCGUGCAUAUGUAUGUGUGGGUGCGUGUAUACGUGUAUGUAUUGCAGCUUAAAAGUAAGAAAGCAAAAAGUUAUAUUUUUAUUCAUUUUUAGCGUAUUAGGGUUUAGGUAUUCAAAACUAAAAAAAAAAAAAAAUGACUUGUUAGACGAGCAAUUAAAACAUUUAGAAGUAUUUUUAUCUGCUGUGUGAUUUUUUUUCUAAUACAUUUGAAUUAAAAACAGAAAGUGGCGCUGGUCUCAUGCAUUUUAAGCACUUGUGUUAGAGGUUUUUCGCAAUGCUUUUGUGUUAUGAAACAUGGCAAUAAACUGGACUGCUUUGAA